AGCAACAUGCACCUGGUACAUGUCUGUGCCGGCCUUCUUCUGUUCUUCCCGCGGGGCACGUAUCAGUCAUGCAAAGACGGGACACCCAAACAGUGCCUGGACGCAACGUUUGCUCCAGGUUCCAAUUUAGCCGGUGAAGGCUUCGACAUCACCAAAAUGGAGCGCAAAGGAGCGUUUGUGCUCAACAUGAAUCUGUGGAAACGCAAAGAUAAAACCUGCACCCUGUGCAGCAACCCCUUCAUGGAGAACACCUGGCAGAAGCUGCCUCUGUCUGUGGUGGACUGGAGGGCCAAGCAGUCCUGCAGCGCUUCAGUGUCCUCGAAACUCCACAAAUCCAGCGAGUCUCUGGUCAGCUCCAGCUCCUCGUCUGUGGAGAACAACUGGAAAUCAAGUUUGGAGUUUCAAAUGUUAAAAACCGGCGCCUCACUGAUGCUGGCAGGGACCAACUCCAAACUGGCCGAGUACUCCAUGGAGAAGACAAAGAACGACAAGUUCAGCUUUGCAAGCCUCAGCAUGUCCUGCGAGUACUACAGCUACCGAGUGUCCAGCUCUCCCAGGUUAAACAGAGAAUUCAACAGAGCGGUGAAGCUUCUCCCUAAAGUUUACAGCCCAGAAACCAAGCAGCAGUUUUACAAACUGAUAGACAACUUCGGCACCCAUUACAUCACCAAGGUGAAGCUGGGGGGAGGCGUGCAGUCCGUCACCAGCAUCCGUCAGUGCCAGGCCAACCUGCAGGGACUCAGCACGGACGAGGUGCAGAUGUGCCUGGAAGUUGAGGCGUCCGCGAGCUUCAGAGCCACGAUAACAGCUCAGUCCAAACACUGCAAGAAAGACGUUGAGAAGUCGGACAGCAAGUCAGCGUUCUCCAGCCUCUUCAAUGACAGGUUUACAGAAAUAAAGGGAGGCCACACCACAGAGCCAGACCUUCUCUUCUCUUCGGACAAAAACCCGUCUGCCUGUAAGGAAUGGCUGAGCACGAUACCCCACAAUCCUGACAUCCUCUCGUACUCCCUCGACUCUCUGCAUGAAUUACUGCCGGCUGAAACGACAACAUGGCAGAACCUGCGCUCAGCCAUAACUCAUUACAUCCUGGAAAAAGGGCUGCUGAGAAACUGCAGCAAGCGCUGUCCGACAGGGAUCAGGAGCGAUUCAAAGGAUUCCUGUGUCUGCCAGUGCCACAAUGACCCUGCUGUGAACCUGGACUGCUGCCCGGCCCGUAAAGGCAUGGCCCGGGUCAUCAUUACAGUACAGAGAGCCUCGGGUCUGUGGGGAGACACAUUCACUUCCACAGAUGGCUAUGUGAAGGUCUUCUUCAACAAGAUUGAACGUCGUUCUCCAGUCAUUACCAACAACAACAACCCACACUGGAACUUGGUCCUGGACCUGGGUCCCCAGGAUCUGUCUUCAGUCAACUCUGUGAAAUUUGAAGUUUGGGAUCAGGACAGUGGCUGGGAUGAUGAUAGGCUGGGAACCUGUAACCAGGUUUUAACUGCAGGUGUUAAGGAAGAUCUUUGCAGUCUGAACCAUGGUCAGCUGUUUUACAAGUGGGACGUGACGUGCGCUCCGAGUCUGAGCGGUGCCUCAUGCAUGGACUAUAAACCGUCGCCUAUGGACAAAAAUCUUUGGAAUCUGUACGUGUCUCGUCACGCCCAUCCUAUUCCAAAGGCCAUGCUGCGUGAGAUGGGUGUGUUUGUGAAUGAAUCCACUCCGUGGCAAAACCAGAGUCUUCCUGCUAAAGUACAAGAUGCAAAAAAUGUUUUAUUAAAUUAGACAACAGGCUGGUUCAGCUUUAUCUG